GAUAGGCAAGGGUACUAGGAUUUCGGCCCUGAUAUCGACAUUUUCACUCACUUCUUCGUCAAUGAACCGUUGCUCAGGUCUCCACGAGCUCCGACAGAGCCGUCGACACUUCACCAUGCAGUUGAAGCAGCAACAAAUGCUCACGAGGCACUCGUGCAAAGCGCUCCAGGCGAUCGAGCACCCGAGGCAUCGCCGAACGGAGCAGCGGCAGCUCCACCAACAGCGGCACGAACUCAUACGCGUAUCCAGCCGAGAUCGCGACGAGCAACGCAUCAGCCAAGUCGACUCUACGUGGAGAAGAUACCGGCAAGACAUCGACGCUGGCAACCCACUCCGCACACAGCUCCGUCAGCAAGACACCGCUGAUCCGACUUUCUUCUGCGUCGUCAUCAGCUACGUCGUCGUCGUGGUCGACCUCGUGGUGUCGAUCAUGUGCUUCCCGAAGCCAAUGCACAAUUCCUCGCCGAACGUGCUCGUGCAGUAGCAGCAGCAGCUCUGAGCGUG